GCCGCAUUUGUAUAAUAAGUAAACUUAAAUGCUCCGAUUACUUCUCUCAGCCCACUGCCGCCGUGCCGGCGGCUACAACCUCGAUGUAUCCACCGCCCGCUGCAUCUCUUCCACGGCGAGCCUCAGCGCUUCAUGGAUGGACAAGGUGAAAGGAGUUCUCACCGGCCAGAAGACCACCGCCGCCGCCGCCGAAUCUUCUGCCGAAUCGGCCGAAUCCUUCACCCUUCUCCGUUUUGCGGAGGAGAUGAGAAAAGCGAGGAAAUUGGGGAGUUUGAAGCAGUAUGUAGUAGGGAGGGGUAGUGAAGCAACUUUCGCCGAUGCAUUUGAGAAGCAAGAAGCAAUUAUUCGAUACCUAGGCGGUUUUGAUCCUACUGGGGAGAACAUUCAGACCAGUCAAAAGACGGAUGCAGCAAAGCACUGUAAUUGCACGAUAUUAGACGUCGAAAAUGCCUUGGCAAAGUUUACAUGGGCAAAAAAUGCACAAAAAAAGAUCGAACAACUUAAAGCCGAGGGCAAACCAAUGCCCAAGAACUUGGGAGAGAUUCAGAAAUUGAUGGGGUCGUCACCCUUGGAUGUUGCACGAUCGAGCAUGGCUAAGAGCGGCCAAAUAAGUCGGAACGCCCCCUGCCCCUGUGGCUCUAAGAAGUUGUAUAAAAGGUGUUGUGGGAAGGACAAAAGCAGUUGAAGGACCAAAAUCAAUUGUAACUAAUAUGGGCAAAUUUACGCCACUCGAAGAGAGCUUCAAAAAAGCUGCGGAAAUCCAACCUUCCAUUCAAUAAAUUCCGAGACGAACGAUUUUUUGGUAAUGUGGCUCUUAUUUAGAAUAGAGUGGAUCUUUCAAGUAGGAUUGCUCAUUUUAAUUUUGCUAAUAGGAUAAAAAAAAUGAUGAGAUUAUGAUUUUUGAAAUGCAAGAUUUUUAGGAGUAAAAUAAGUGUUUUAUUUGUU